GCUAGGAGCAGCCAGUUGGGCGAUGUCACUUUUUGCAGCAACCAUUGUGGUGGCAUUAUGCCGUCGGAAGUCAACACGCUUGACGGCCGUUCUCGGUGGGCUGGUGUGUGCGCUGGGCAUACUGUUCACCUCGUUUGCCACCCAGAUGCACCAGGUGGCGUUCAGUUAUGGAGUGAUAGUGGGAGUUGGAGCCGCCAUGGUUCGUGAGUCGGCAGCCGUUAUGCUGGGCCAUUACUUCAAGCGGCGGAGACAAUUUGUCGAAAUGAUUACGAUGUCGGGCGAAGGUGUCGGCGUGGCGCUGUUUUCUGUGAUACUGAAAGAAGGAGUUGGGAAAAUGGGCUGGCGCCUGGGCCUGCAAGCCGUCACCGGGCUGGUAUCGUUUAGUUUCUUCAUGGGUUUGCUGUACCGGCCGGCAUCGCUCUAUCAUCCACAGCGACGGGCGAUUCUGCAUCUGAAAAACCAAAGGAAGAAGGUGAAAGAGAAGAAAACCCACGUUCGUACACCAAAGCCACCGUUCCUGGACUGGACCCCACUGAAGCUUGCCUCCGUCCGGAUGCUCUCGAUUUCGGCAGCUGUGGCCGCGUUCGGCAUCUACUCGCCCGUCUUUUUUCUGUCGCUGCACGGAUUCACCGAAGGAUACGACAUGCAGGACUUGGUUCUACUGCAAACCUUCCUGGGGCUUUCGAUAGCGCUCGGCGUCGUGUUUAGUGGUUCAUCCAUCAACAAAACACUGGAGAUCUCCUUCAAGAAAAUUCGAAUAUCUCGUCAAUAUGUCUGUCAGGGCUGUGUUACGCUUAUUUCUCUAUCCCUACUAGUGCUCUCGGCUGUUGCCGACUACCGGGGCUUAUGCUUUUCGGCAUGGGCCUACGGUCUAGGGCUUGGUGGCUACCGAUACACCCUCAAAAUGCUGGCCAUCGAGCGGAUACGGGGAAAGUAUUUCUCCAAGGCAUGGGGAUUUAUCAAAAGUGCUGAAUCACUGCCGGUGCUGUUCGGAGUUCCGUUGUGUGCUUUCCUGAACGAUUCAUCGCACCGGUACGGCCGAGCCGGGUACUACGUCUGUGCAGCUAGUGCGGCCAUUUCGGCUAUCAUCUUGUUUUUCGUCGGCCAUCCGGACGGAAAGAAUAUGAAGUACUCGACCAAUGGCUCAAUCACGUCCCGUUGCACUGUUCCCACUUCAUCGAGUGACUGUCAGCAUAUGCUGAAUCGAAGCUUUUCAUCGCAGCGUUUCAACAAUCAAUGGUAUCCGAACACCCACAGUACGAAUCUGUCCAGCGGUUUCCAGCAAGCGUCGACAUACGGUGGCACUGGGGGCAGGCAACCGCAGCAACGUUGUCUCUCCAGCCAAUUCAUGAACGGUGGCCCAGGCAUGUCCCUCGGAAAUGGUACCAGUGCGCCGACAAAUGCGGCCAAUUACAACUAUCACAGCCCAUACUGCCAAAGUGCCGGCCAGUCACAUCACCACCACGGCCGCCUGCACAAGAGUCUUUCAUUUGCCUUCCAAACACCAAUCGUAGCCAAUGAGGACCGAGCUCAGCAGCACACGUUCCCGCAGCAGCCUUGCAGUCGGUAUGCUUCCGAUUACCCACCGCCUAGCCGAUGCUACUCCAGAUGCGAAGUACACAACCCAUCCCAGCGGGGAACACCGUCGCAUCAUCGUACCCCAUCGGUGACUGCAGUCCAUCAACCUGCAUCGACCGGAUACAGCAACGGACUGCAGAACAAUCCCUCUCGAAGUCGUAGUGUUCCGGAGGGGCUGGCCAACAGCCACCGGGGUGCGGGCGACUGUCACUGGAAUCACUGCCACUGGACCACCGCCAACGGGGUCAACUUUUGCCGGUCGACUCGGCCGAUCCAGGUGGUGGAACAGAUCACAACAUCCGUUUGACUAAAGUUUAAAAUAAUGCGUUUUUUCCUGUGCAUCUCGAUCCAUCUGCUGGAGGGAUUGUUUUCCUAAUUAGCUGCACCAGUAGGUAGGAGCAGCUCACCGUCUGAUUGUGCUCUAACUGUUGGAGGUGAACAGUAUCGACUGACACUAGUUUACACGCCGUGUGGAAAUGUACUUCAAAGUUUGAAAAUUCUGUGAACCGAUGGGUAUUCUACAUACUUUUUUUUUCUGUUCGGAAAGUUUCACCACUGUGAGAUUCUAUAGUUUAAGUUGUAAUUGGUAUCUAGUGCUGAACUACAGUUUUGUUUCGGAGAAUGUUUGCGCUAAAACAGCAACACUUUUAGGUCAUAAUAUAAGUUAAUAUAAUUUUCCAAAGAUAACUGCCACAUUAAUGAUACAUUCAUUUUAACUAGGCUUUUUCACAUAUGGUUACUGCUCCAUGUUCCUAUGUUCAUCACAUUAGAAACACAUCAAUGAAUAGGAAUUUGAUUUAUAUCUUAUUUUUGUGAUUUCUUUCAGCAGUUGAAAUUGGUGCUGCAUUUCUUUCUUUUGCAAUGAGAUGGAUGAUAUGAUGUUAGGUGAGAUAGAAAUGGAAACAGUUCCCUUAUUUGAAUGAAAUAUUGUAUUAGUGCUCUACGAUGGGAGAUAAAAAAAAUUGAAUAGAAAUAUCGGAGUUUUUUUCAUAUCCCGGUACUUUUAUGCAUGCCCACCUAAACGCAACAAUUCUUACAAAAGCGCAAAAUGAAAAUGUGUCGGCCUUAUUAUAAAAUUCCAUAUGCAGUCAGCGCCAAAAUUAAAAAUACAUCUAUUGGUAUUAAAUAUUAACUAAGUUUUAAAGGGGAAUAAAUUUACUAUGUGAUUUCUAUUAAUUAUUACUUUAUUUUGAAAUUUUGAUUAUCACAGUUUGACGAGUCUUUCAACUAAUUCAAGAGCUUAAAUUUCGAAAUGUGUUGUAUGUUGGACUUUUCACACUAUGCUUAUUCUAUCGACACAGUGGUACAUUACACUACAUUAUUUAUAUUAUUUACAGCCACUCAUUUCAAUAUUUAGCUUCUGCAAUGAGUUAUUAACAAAUGAUUACAACUUUUAACUUUCACUAAAUGAUCUGAACCAUCUUUGCGGGUCGCUGAAUUUGAUUCAGCUUAACACUAGCAUCGGUAUUGCUCUGUUCAACGGAUUCUGAAGACGACCACGUAAAAUAUAAAUUAUCAUCAUUAAAAAGCACGUUCAUCGAUCCAUAAAUCACUAACCAGGCAUGGUCCUAUUAUUUGAUAAAGGCUGACUGAACCGGAAAAUUGCGCAAACAUUUUAAUUCCUACGUAAACCUAAUCGAAAUAGAUGUGAUCAGUACACUAAAAUAAUAAUCAAUUGCAGAUGCCAAAGUGCUCGCAAAUUUUCGACCGGAACGAACAUGGUCAUAAUUACCGGGCGCAAAUAAAAUCCAACUUUCAACGAGGCGCACGUAAGUUUCAUUGAACUGGUAUUUAAAGCAUUUAGUCUGACUCGAUCUAAACACGAAAAAGAGAAAAAUGCGAGGACAGGAAAAAGCGUCAUUCUAAAUAAAUCGUGUAUAUAAUACAUUUUUGAAAGUAAUAGCUCAAAUAAUCCGUCGAAAAGGAUACCGCACUUUUUCAUCACCGUCGAACGAGAGCCAUGCGGGAACGGGAAUAUCCAAUCGGGCUCAAUCGUCAUGUGCACAGGAACAAAACGGAAAUAUGUCGUCAUUACUGGUAGGUAUUUAAACAAUUUCAAUCUCGAAUAAACUUCAAAGUGUGAACUCAAAAGCAGGUUUUGUAGCGUUCGUGUAGGUUAUUGUGAGUAUUGUUUUGUUAAGUUUUUUUUUAAAUCCUAGAACAUAGUAUACAGAAAACAUAAACAUUCUACAGAGAAAAAUUCUACGCCAAAGCGUGACUGUUUAUCACGACAAGAUAAUCGUUUUUUUAGACAUUAAGUGGUUGUUUUAAGGGAUGAAGUGGAUCAGAAGGGAAUCAAAUGCAGGAAUUGAAUUUGGUACAUAUGAAUUGCGUUUGGGAAACAAGCUGUGACUACAAUGAGGAAAUGCUAAGAAAGGAUGUUUUAUUGAAUAAAAAUUUUAAU